UAAACAAUCGUCGGCUAAGGUUACCUACGUUCAUCUUUUUAGCUCUGAAACUUGAAUUACAAAGCUCUGUAUAGGAAAGAAAUAGAGAGACAGAAGGAAGCUUUAACUCUCUCUUGGCAAUAUUAUCAAAGUCCAAACCUCACAAAAAACAGUCAAAGCUUAAAUCUUUUUGCACACACCCCAUUGAAUUCGGAACUCUUUGUUCCCAUUUCCUAGCUCCUCAUUUGUUGGUUCACUUACUAUAGUCCUUAAUUUAAGGAAUUUGGAUUGAUUUGGUUGUUUAUACAACCUUCCUUGUCAAAUGGGGAUUUCUUUUUCCUGCCCAUUUGCAAGAUACAGUGAUGUAGAAGAUGGCCUACGAUCUAUUAUUGUCAAGUCCAUCAAUUUGGAGAACGAUGAACUUAAAACACCAGUGCGAUCUAUCAGUAUAAGCGGUUGUGAUUCUGAACCCCCCAUAUUGAAAUCCUUAGGUUCUGGAAAUAUGACAAUAGAAACAUCUGUUAGCUUUAAAAAUGGAGAACUGGAAAAAAUGGUCUCAGUCAAGGCUCCUUCACUAGACGAAGAAUGCAAUGUGCCCAUUGAAUCAAACAGCCCAAGAAGUGAAGUGAUUAAUAAUCAAUCCCCAAGAUCAGAUGGUGAAGUGGGGAUGAUCCAACAAUCGCCAAUUUUGGAUCCCAACAACCCCAAGCAUGAAGCUGCACUAAAGUUGCAAAAAGUGUACAAAAGCUUCCGAACCAGAAGAAGGCUAGCAGAUUGUGCAGUCCUGGUUGAGCAGAGCUGGUGGAAACUCUUGGAUUUUGCUGAACUCAAGAGGAGUUCUAUAUCAUUCUUCGAUAUUGAGAAACAUGAAACUGCCAUUUCGCGAUGGUCAAGAGCAAGAGCCAGAGCUGCCAAGGUUGGAAAAGGUUUAUCUAAGAAUGAUAGAGCACAAAAACUUGCUUUGCAACACUGGCUAGAGGCUAUUGAUCCACGCCAUCGAUAUGGACAUAAUUUACACUUUUAUUAUAAAAAAUGGCUUCAUUGUCAGUGUAAAGAACCCUUCUUCUACUGGCUAGAUAUAGGAGAAGGGAAGGAAGUAAAUCUUGAAAAAUGCCCUCGAUCGAAACUUCAACAGCAGUGUAUCAAGUAUUUGGGUCCGAGGGAAAGAUUGGCCUAUGAAGUUGUUAUAGAAGAUGGAAAGUUCUUGUACAAGAAAUCGGGGGAGAUCCUCAACACCACCAGUGAUGCGAAGUGGAUUUUUGUCCUUAGCACAUCUAAGGUUUUGUAUGUUGGCAAGAAGAAAAAAGGUACUUUCCAGCAUUCUAGCUUCUUGGCUGGAGGAGCGACAUCUGCUGCUGGGAGAUUAGUCAUUGAGAAUGGCAUCCUAAAGGCAGUUUGGCCUCACAGUGGUCAUUAUCGGCCUACAGAAGAAAAUUUUGAGGACUUCAUCUCCUUCCUUAAAGAGAACAAUGUGGAUCUCACAGAUGUCAAGACGAGUCCUGUCGAUGAUGAGGAAGAUGAUUUGCCUGGAAAGCAAAGAAGCAGUAUUCAUCUUAGAAGCCACUCAUCUGAUGAGGACGUGACUCAGAAGUUGAAUGGCUCGGAGACUGAAGACUUAACUUGUGUAAAGACUGAUUCAACAGGAAAAGAGACUGAUACUGCAUCUGAUCUGUUCAUAUCAAGCCGAUUACGCAGUGUCGGUAGAGAUUUGGUUAAUCUUGAUAUACCGGAAAGACAUGAAUUGUAUGAGAGUUUAGAAAGAGAAAAUCAAGAUAUUGAACCAAGUUGCAAUAGUUUGCCAGUGGAACCUCUGGCUGAUGGUUAUGAAACAGCCGAAGAAGGAUUAACUUCUGAACUGGAUGGCAAGGCUCAAAAGCAGAACUUGUCUGAUGAAGAAGAACAGGAAGGGAAUGAAGUAGAAAUCAUUCCUGAAGAAUCAAUUCUCAAAAGGAUCAAUUCACAUAAAGAAAUGAACUCAUAUCAACUGGGAAAGCAGUUGUCUUGCAAGUGGACAACAGGAGCUGGACCCCGAAUUGGUUGUGUGAGGGACUAUCCCUCAGAGCUCCAGUUCCGCGCCUUGGAGCAAGUGAACUUGUCUCCAAGAAGUGUUGCCGGUUCAAGAUCAAACUUCUCUCCUCGACUCAUUAGUGGGUUGAGCCCAAGGGUAUUGACACCAUCAAGCUCUGGUAGGGAAAUGACACCAAGCACAAGUUCAGUCGAGGAAGGAAACUUCUCAGAAAGAAUUAUUCCCCAAUCAAGAACACAGUCCUUCCCAUUGAUUAGAGGAACAUCAUGAAUAACAGAAUUUCCUAAUUUUUCAUGAGUAAGAGCAGAUUACUGAUUCAUAUAUUCUUUUGUGUAAAUAGAAAGGAUGAUAUAGAAAUUCAUUGUCAUUCUCUUCAUUUACAAUCAUGUAUACAUUUUUUUGUUUAUUCAUCUUGUACAAAAUAAGAUGACAAUUGUAGAAUUUCAUGGGUUUGAUGCCCUUUUCAUACAAAAGAAGGUAUUCAUUUUUCUUAA